AUCACAGAAGAAUAACAUAACAUCACUCAGAAGCAGCAAAAACUUGUGUUAGGUUGUUGCAUUAACUCAGAAGCAAGAUGCGUUCUUACAGUACCUCCAUUUUGGCUCAUUUGUUUGGCAUCAUUGCCAUCAUUUUUAUGCUUGUUUGGUUGUUGCAUUACCGUGAGGGAAUUGAAUAUGAUUCUGAUUUUCCACCUCGUGUUUUCAAUGUUCACCCUUUUCUAAUGUUCUUUGGGUUCAUUUUCCUUGUUGGUCAAGCAAUACUAGCUUACCACACAGUACCAGGCACACAUGAAACACAGAAGGUUAUUCACAUGACACUUCAUUUCAUUGCUAUAAUUCUUGGAAUUGUUGGUAUAUGUGCUGCUUUCAAGUACCAUGAUAUGGUGGACAUGGCAGAUGUUUACAGCCUCCAUUCAUGGAUUGGCAUUGGUACCUUUUGCUUGUUUGGCUUGCAGUGGCUUUUUGGAUUGACGUUCAUGAUUCAAGGAUCAAGACAAUCAAGGGCUGCACUAGCACCAUGGCACAUAGCUGGUGGUAGAGCACUAUUUUACAUGGCAAUUUGUGCUGCACUAACAGGCUUGAUGGAGAGGUAUACUUUUUUAAAACUACUGCCACACCAAAGAGAAUCUCGUUUGAUCAAUUUAACGGGCCUUGCAAUUCUCUUGUUUGGAGUUUUUGUGGAUAUGACAGUUACUUUGGCCCAUUUUGGUUGAACUCAAUUGCAUUCCUCAACUCUAUAUACACGUCAAGAAUCAUCACAGAUUGGAUUCAUUUAAAUAUUUCUUUUAUAUUAUUUUAAAUGUUGUGUAUUUUGUAAUUGUGAUGUCAAUUACCAGGAAAUGGUUUGUAUAAUUUAUUUUUGGCUCGUGUGAGAUAUAAGCUGAUUAAUACUAAAAUUUUAUUUUAAUUGUUGUGUAAUUUCAAAGGAGUAUAGUAUAGGAGUUUAUUUUCAAUUUA